CAGGUUUGGGGGUCAGGAACUGGUCUGACAACAGAAUGGAGAGCCUGAGCAUGCAUUAGCUUUCAGGAAUAUAUGCUGUGGAGGAUGUACAAGGAAAACACACGGAGGCUUCCACGGAUGCAGCCAGGGAAUGUCAAGACAUGUUUCAGCUGGGGACCUCUGGUUGAGUUGACUCUGCACAGAAUAUACUGUAUACUACUUUAAAAAUGGCCAUAGUGAUUGCAGCUAAAGAUGUCAGAUAGUGUCGAUAUUGAAGAGAAGCCGCCUGCCCCCCCCCUGAGAAUGAACAGUAGUUCCCGCGACCCUUUCGCACUUCACAGUUCCAAACCACUUCCAAUGGCUCCAGAAGAGAAGAACAAGAAAGCCCGUCUCAGGUCCAUCUUUCCAGGAGGAGACAAGACCAAUAAGAAGAAGGAGAAAGAGCGUCCUGAGAUUUCCCUGCCCUCUGAUUUCGAGCACACCAUCCAUGUAGGCUUUGACGCAGUAACAGGAGAGUUCACCGGUAUUCCAGAGCAAUGGGCCCGGCUAUUGCAAACCUCUAAUAUUACUAAGCUGGAACAGAAGAAGAACCCUCAAGCUGUUAUAGAUGUUCUCAAGUUCUACGACUCCAAAGAGACCGUCAACAACCAGAAAUACAUGAGCUUUACAUCAGGAGAUAAAUCCGCUCAUGGUUAUAUUGCAGCCAAUACUCUGAACCGCCUCCUGUCUUCCGGGCCACCUGUCAGCCUUAGAACCUGCAGCGCGUUUUUUGACAAGCACAGUGCUAAGACAGUGUCUGAGCCUCCAAUUGCACCUCCGGUGUCUGAAGAAGAAGAUGAGGAAGAGGAGGAUGAAGAUGAAGAAGAUGAUGAGGACAAUGAGGAUGAGGUCCCACCCAUCAUCGCUCCACGACCGGAGCACACCAAAUCUAUCUUCACACGCUCUGUCAUUGAGCCGGCUGCACCUCCUGCUCCUAUCAAAGAGGUCACGACCCCUCCAGAGUCCCAGGUCCAACCGGAGAACACGUCCAGUACGCUGUACCGUCAUACUGACAGGCAGAGGAAGAAAUCCAAGAUGACUGAUGAGGAAAUACUGGAAAAACUCAGAAGCAUUGUUAGUGUUGGCGAUCCCAAGAAGAAAUACACACGUUUUGAGAAAAUAGGGCAAGGGGCGUCUGGGACAGUAUACACAGCUAUUGACAUUGCCACUGGACAAGAGGUGGCCAUCAAACAGAUGAACCUGCAGCAGCAGCCAAAGAAAGAGCUCAUUAUUAAUGAGAUUCUAGUGAUGAGGGAAAACAAAAACCCCAACAUAGUUAACUACCUGGACAGUUAUCUGGUUGGAGAUGAGUUGUGGGUGGUAAUGGAGUAUUUGGCAGGUGGUUCACUUACUGAUGUGGUAACAGAGACCUGCAUGGAUGAAGGACAGAUCGCUGCAGUAUGCCGAGAGUGUCUACAGGCUCUGGAUUUCCUGCAUUUAAAUCAGGUGAUACACAGAGAUAUCAAGAGUGACAAUAUCCUGCUGGGCUUGGAUGGAUCGGUGAAACUCACGGAUUUUGGCUUCUGUGCUCAGAUCACACCCGAGCAGAACAAGCGCAGCACCAUGGUCGGCACACCCUAUUGGAUGGCCCCAGAGGUCGUGACCCGGAAGGCCUAUGGCCCCAAAGUAGACAUCUGGUCCCUGGGCAUCAUGGCCAUUGAGAUGGUGGAGGGAGAACCACCAUACUUGAAUGAGAACCCACUCAGGGCCCUGUAUUUAAUUGCUACCAAUGGCACUCCAGAACUACAAAAUCCUGAGCGGCUUUCCUCAGUGUUCCGAGACUUCCUAAACCGUUGUCUCGAGAUGGAUGUAGACCGGAGAGGCUCAGCUAAAGAAUUGCUUCAGCACUCAUUCCUGAAACUUGCCAAGCCUCUCUCCAGCUUGUCUCCACUGAUUGUAGCCGCCAAGGAAGCCAUCAAGAAUAGCAGCCGCUAGGAUGUUCCCCAUACGCAACAUAUACAAACAUAACAUUCACACAGACGCACACACUCUGCCCGUGGUUACAGAGGUACAGUGUGUAGAUGUGUGAUGGCACAAUUACAAUAUCUGAAUCUGGACACAAACGCUUACACAAGCACAUGCUUACACAAGCACUUUCCCUUAUAAGGAUGAUUCACCGCUCUUCAAGGCCUUUGGAAUGGGAUUGGCCCUGCUGCCUGGCCCUCACACACGCGUUAUGUAUGGAACUGUUGCACCAGUCACUCAGUGUGUGUCCACACAUCUGGAAAUGAGACUAUCAAACUGAAAUAUGAGAAACAAUUCCUUUGUUCCUUUUCUCUGGAAUGAAAGAUGAAGUGGAUUACAGUAGACAUCUACAAUCAGUCAGUUUAGUCUCUUAUUUAACCUGUUCUGAACUAUGGUCUUGGAUUACUACUGACCUGCUUUGGGUUUUAUAGGGUUUUCCUGUGAUAAAAGCCUGAAGAUGUGUACCUCCAAAUCUCGGGAUCUCCUCAAGACAUCUGCAUGAUUGUCAACAACAGCUAUUCACAGCAAUCACCACCUUUCUACACUGUGCGUGUGUGCAAAUCAGAGUGCAUAAGUGUGUGAGAAAUAUACUGGAAGUACAUGGGUGAAUCUCACAAAAACAGGUGAAAUUUCCCCCCAAAAUCAAAAGAAAGAAAUAAGAAGUCAUAUUUUGCAUAUAGAAAAUUAAGCUAUCAUUGUGACAUUAUUCUCAUGGCACAUUUCACAUCCCACAAGUCUCAUUACCGUAAUGCAAUUACUGUAAUACAAAAACAAAAAAUGCUAUUAUAUAUUUGAAUCAUCAUAAGGGAAAUAAUAUUUACAACUAUCAUAAUUUGCAAGUACUUUUCACAGAACAUCACUUUUUGCAUUUAUGUAACGUAAAAUAUAAUAAGAUAAUGGGCCCUAUUUAAGAGCACUUGCGCUAUGUGGAGCACUAUGUUUUAAGUCAAAAGACAAUGAGCAUGGUCAUGACGUUUUGGUAUUUUCGUGCAAGCAUGCACUACGUCUAGGCGCAAGUGAAUGCAAAGUGCGACUGGGGCUGGGUCAAGUGCAAAUUCAUUUGGAGGUUCUUCUCCGGUUAUUGCACCGUCUGUGUAUUAUAUAGCCAAGCACCAGCGAGAUAAACAAAGACAGCGCAUUCAUAAGAAGUUGGUGGUAUUAAUGGACUGUAUGCAAUGAACUAGAACAGUAGAUUAUAUGGACAUACUUUUGUGCAUCAACUGCAUCCUUGUUGAAUGUCAGUUGUAUUUCUAUGACAGUGACACGCUCCUUUUAUACACAUGAAAAAUGUGGUACUCAUCAGGAUUUGGCUGUAGGCUUUGUUAAAUGAUAGAGAAUAAAAGUAUUAUUAAUCAUUUUUAAUAAUUAAAAAGUAAAUGCCUUUAUUGAAACAUGAAAAACUUAAACCAAAUAUAUGUCUAAAUUUAAAUUUAUCUUGAAACAAAAUAAAAAUCUGAUCAAAAUAAUGAAGUGGUCAAAAACAAAAUCGUAUCCAACAUUUUACACUGUCCAACUUCUUUCACCAGCCCCUUUUGCAGCGACUUAAAAAUCACUCUACAACAACAGGUGGAAAAAUACCAAUACAAAUUAGAUCAUAAAUAUAAUUGAAAAUAUAAACAUAAUAAUAAUUGGGAAAAAAAACAUGACCUCUUUAAAUUUUUUACACAAAUUAAGCUUUUACACAAAUAUCAUACAUUUUUGUUACAUAAAAUGGUUACAACAGCGAUUGUCGUGGACGUAAUUUGUUUGGACAUUAACUUUAUUACCACCUGCUGGUGGAAUCUCCAAACUGCAAAUGCAGGAACUGAGUUUAAACUUUGCGCUGAUAGUAGACAUGCUACUGAAAUGUCUUGGCACAAUUUCUCAGGAAAACAGCAUAUUGCGCGUUGUUCUAAUUCAUUAACAUACAAGACAAACACAGUUUUUGCACAUACACCCACAGAUAGCGCAAAGACUCCCACCCUCGCCCAUUUGCACUUUGUGCGGCACAAAAAUUGCGCUUUGAAUUAGCGUUCUCAUGAAAAUCACCUGAGACAUAGCGCAUGGUCGUUGCGCAUAGCACUACACUUAACGCGGCAACAAAAAUAGAGCCUGUGAUCUUUGAAUAUGCAGCAGAGUGAAAGGGGUUAAUUGUCAUGAGGAUAAUGCACAUUGACAUGAGUAACAAAAGAUCUUAAUGGUCCUGAAGCUUGAAAAACAUGAAGUGUAAAGCCUAGGCUUCAUUUUUCUCCAUCAAAGUAUAAUUAAUUAUUUUUCUCUCACUGUCUCGCUCACUCUCACCCAAAAUGGAUUCACAGACGGAGUUUUCUCAUACAAUAUCUCUGUCGUAGGGCUCAGCAUCUACACAUGAAUUUAAAAAUACAUAGGUAUAGACUAUGCAUUUUAAGAGCUAAUGCAAAAUCCCCACAACCAAGCCAUCAUAAGCCAAAUGCAGAGUGGGUUAGUGUAUUACUUCUUGGGCAUUAUGGAGUAGGAAAUCCACGCUGGUGUUUCAGUGUCUGCUCAUCACAUAUUGUCAGAAAACAUUGUGUGAAUCAUUCGAAGAGCAGUGAUUGGCUGAAAUUUUUGUGGGAUAAAGGGCCAUUCGCACAGGAUGCAUUAUUGUCUUCCAUCUACAUUUUUUUUAACGGAUGAAAUAUACUUAGAUUUUCUGUGUAUAAUGUGCGAGACUGCAAAUUCAGUACAGUUUGCAUGGGAAGUCUGUGUGCAGCUCAGUAUUUGUAGAUGUAUUUGUAGUUUUUUAUCUGUAGAUGUAGUUGACUGUUUUAAAGUGUAUCACAAAGCAGUCGUAUUGUGCGCAUGCGUUGAACGUGUCCGUUCAAGCUUACGGUCAAAAUGGUGUACUUUGGAAAGCAGGAAUGCCCGACAGUGCGCACGCAGAAAAAAUAGGGAAAUCCCUGGCUGUUGCGGGCGCAUCUUGCUGUUUUUUCCAGCAUCAUUCUCAUUGUGGCCACAAGGGGCGCUAUAGUGUGCAUAAGCAUAAACUGUCUUCUACUGUCAGGUUUUUUUAGGUGAACUACUGUCAUGCCCGAUCAACAGUUUGAAGAGACUCUUGCGGAGCAAGUAGAUCUGCAAAACAUGUUUUUUAGAUACCUGAAGAACACAUCAUUUGAAUGGCACAGACAUUUUAAGAUAACUGGUAAUCAUUAAUUUCACAUUUUCAUUUGUGUACAUAUGCAAGGUUUGUUUCUUCAACAUGAUCACACACAAAAAAUCAGCACGUUGCUUCCGAAAGUUCAUGUACCCUGAAAUCAACCCCAUUCAGCCGAAUUACUAACAAGCGGCAUCAGCUAUCAGACAUAUCUGCAUCAAUUCUUCUACUGAAAGCACAUUGUGCAGACAAUGUCUGAGACACAUGUUCUGGUUCUGUUGGGACCAGGAAGUAAUCUCGUUUACAUAAACUUUUUUGCCCUACAAAAGGGAGGUUCAUAUAGAGGUUACAUUUUGACUCCACUGACAGAUCCAUGCGAUUGUGUAUUCCAUUAAUUCCAAUUAAUUUCCCCUUGCAGAUUUCACAUGGAGUUCAAGUAACCAUGUUGACCAAUAGGAAGUUGCUUGGUUUGGUAGUGACCUUUGUGUGGGUGGGGCUUCAUACACAGCUGCACUGAAUAUUCACAAUGGACAAGGAUUUAAUUUUAGCGGUUAGUUUCUUUUUAACUUCACACUCCCGAGUAUAAAGUGCAGCAUUAAUAAGGGGGUAGAGUUAAAAAAAAUAUAUGCAUUUCUGUUGAAUUUUACAUCAUUUACAGCCAGAAAUACAACUUGCUUUUGAUGCCACUCUGUGGUCAUUUCACACAGAAAUGGGAGCUCACAUGAGCCUAUACGUUCAACAACAUUUCCAGUUUCAGGCACUGGGGCAGUGAUUCGAAUUUCAGUAAGCACGGACCGAUUUCAGCAGCAGAACUUUUGACCUCCGGUUGCCGAAUUCAGCGUGUGAUCAGUCUGAUUUAUGGCCUAAGUCCUGUGUCAAGUUGAAAACAGUUUAACUAGGAAAAACACAUCUCGAAACCCCUACUUUCUAUUCCAUUUCUUUGCACUCUAGCUGUUUGUGAAUGCAAGAAUGUGUCCUGUGUGAACAGUCCUUAAGAGAACAGUCUGUGAAUCCAACCCCAACACUAACUGUGGACAAUUUCAUUUUUAACGCUACACAGACUUCAAUACACAUCAAUAGGGGUGCUAUUUCUGAUGCCUUUUACAAUAUUGGUCAAGUUCAAAACUGUUUGAUUUUUGCUGAGGUUAUCCUUAUAUUCUCCCUUGGUUUAUGAAUAUGGAUUCAUACAAUACAGAAGUUAUAAGUCAUAAGUGUACACCCUUGUAGAGAAUGUAGGUGUCUGAUAGAUUGUGUCCACUUGAUAUCUUUCUUUACAAAAAUGAGUGUAUCUGUGAGAGUUGUGCUAUGUAUGUGCGUAGUUAAGAUAACCUCAGCCUGGUAUUAGUCUGUCUCUCAAAUCACUGUGAAAAUUCAGGAUACUACACUAGACUACCCAACCGUAAGCAGACGUGUACAAGAGUAGUUAUAGUACAGUAGUUUAGAAGACAACCAUAGACAUCUAAAGGCAUAGAUAGCAAUAUUUAAAUACUGCUAUUGCCAAUAUACCACAAUGGAUGUCACAACCCCACCUACAGUCAGUAUCAGAGUGUUGUUUUAUAGUAGGAACCAGUUUAAGGCAUGACAUAACGGAAUUACUUUCCUCCAGCUCUGGUAAUCUUUGAAAAGUUAGCUUUACACACAUUUGAGGAUGAUAUUUAAUGUACAUUGUUAUGUUUCGUUCUUUUUUCAAAUGAAAACCUUAUGACAGUAAUAUUCAGGCUGCUCUUUGAUAUGUUUUUGUAAAUAUUGUUCACCCUGGUCCCAAGGAAUACAACAAAUCAAAACUCUGAUGGAGAUGGUGGUGCAUUUCUUACAGAGAGCAGCAUCUUGUGCCUGUAACAUAGACUGCAGAACGCACCUGUCCCGAACACUCACCAAGCAACCUUCAAUUGCAGCCUUCCCCUAAAUACAAGGAGGAACACAAUGCAAAUUUAUUUAUAGCCCUUGGACUUUCCUUUUGAAAGACCCUUCGUAUUCAAUCAGGGCUUGGACCCGACGUGAGCACAUAUGAGCACAUGACGACAUGCGAACACGAUGAACGAACGGAUGUGGAAAGUGCGCAAUGACUCUGUCCAGGAUUCCUCUUGUCUCUUGUAAAUGCCCUUUACUUCUGAAUGUUUGAACCCUGUACAUGUGCUGUGGCGAAAUCCUUCUAUUGGUGUCUAAUAUGAAAAUGGAACAAAGACUGUACAUGCUGACAAAAAGGUUUUUUUUGUUCUUUUUAAAUUAUUAUUCAAACAUGACGAAACUGUUGAUGUGGGCUCGUGCGCAUCUCAGCAAGGACCUUCCCUGCUCUUGGGAAGAAAUAUGAAAAGACGAGAGGCACAUGGUUAAAUGUUCCGCAGGUGUGAGAACCAUUGUUUUGGAUAAUCUAUUUUAAAUUGUGGUUGAAGCAAUAGACUUUUUUAAAUCUAAAUUGUGCAUGGCUGUGUUUUGAGUGUAAAACAAAAAAAAAAGCUACAGUUUGGGAACUGGACUGAAUUAUAAAAAAUUAUAAUAAAAAAAGGAAAACAUCCAGGACAAAA